AUGCAAACAGAUUUGGUAAUUACAAUCAAAAGGCAAGAAUCUGUUGCGUUAUUAGGAAAGUGUGACUUUAUAAGAAUCAUUAGUACUUUUGAGUUGCUCAUUUAUACCGAUCGGAACACGCCGAUUCCAGAAGGUUGGGAUGAGAGUGGACCACAGUUCAUCAACAAUUCGGCCGAAAUAAAGAUGCGCUCAUUCUCCACCACUGUGCAUCGAGUGGAUCAUGUCAUAUCUUAUAAGCUCACUUCUUGA